GUGUUUCAUCCUUCAUCCAGUGGAGGGCAGGAAUCUCCCUGUCGUGCUGCUCAUCUGCUGUAAUUCCACAGAAGAAGUUUCCAAUGCAACAGCUAGGCAUCAACAUGCCUGCUGCUGUGAUUAUGGAGGAAAAUUUUGAUAAAUUAUUAGAGCAGUGUGAAUCUCAAGAGCUUGAGGCUCCAGGGGGCAUUGCAACACCUCAAGUGUACGCUCAGUUGCUGGCUCUCUAUUUACUUCAUAAUGAUAUGAAUAAUGGCAGGUAUCUCUGGAAACGGAUUCCCCAAGCAAUAAAAUCGGCUAAUCCUGAAUUAACAUCUAUUUGGGCUGUUGGUCAACGCAUUUGGCAGCGAGACUUUCCAGGGAUCUACACAACCAUCGCAGCUUACCAAUGGUCAGAGAAUAUCCUUCCGGUCAUGGAGGCUCUUCGAGAGAGCACACGGCAAAGGGCGUACAGUCUCGUGGCCCAGGCAUACACUUCCAUCGCAGCUGAUGAUUUUGCCGCCUUUGUGGGAUACUCUGUGGAAGAGGCAGUAAAAGGUAAGAUGCAAUUUACACAACCUCAUCACAGGAAAUGCUGGGUUAUUAUGCCCAAAAAGCCUGAUCCUCCCCCAGUCUCAUUGGUUCCAAAUGAGCAGCAGUUGGCCAGACUCACCGACUACGUGGCUUUCCUCGAGAACUGAUAACCCAACACAACCACCACCGACCUUUUUGUUGUUGUUGUUCGCUUGGUACAGAGGGAGAUUACAAGUUUGAAUAGACUCUUCCUCCAGUCUCGCUCCCUGAUAGAGACCAAAAAAACACCCAUCUUCUUGCGUGAAUACUGCAAGCUCUUCUCCAAGACCUGCCGAACAUAAGUUCAUCGGCCAAUAUAGCUUCCCCCAUUUGAAAAUCCGAUACCUUUCAUCUUUGAUUAAUUAUAUUAUUAUUUUUUCUAUUAUUUUUUGCUCUCUGCAGCCCACCUGAUGGGUUGGUAAGAUUUGGGUCUGAUUUCAAAGGAGAAAUAUGUUUCUCAUCACUGUCAGUACGUUUUUAUUGCUAACUUAACAGACCCUUCUCACACAAUAGAACAACACAAGCUAGUACGUGCAGUUCGUCCAUUCUGUUUUAGCACUUAAUGGUCACCUUGAAACAUCUUUUGUCAGGUAACAGAAGUCUUGACAUGUAUUGCUCAGCGUGUGGAUUUUAGUCCUCAGACUUCAUAUUUUGAAGUUUAUGUUUUGACUGGUGAAUAAAUAUUUUGCUAUUUCCAA